CGGCAACGGCAGCAGUCGGCGGCGCGCACCAUUUUCCAGCGGAGCCUCGGCGCCGCGUCGGUUGGAUUUUUCCGGUCGCUGUGGAGGAUUUCGACCCCCCGUUUGGACCGCUUCCGGCCGCUCCUCAUCGGAUCUGACGGGUUGGUGGGCUGCCUCAGCGAACGAUGCCGGGCGCGAGGCUGGCCGACCUCAACUCGGUCAUCACGUGUGUGCUGUGCGGCGGCUACCUGGUGAACGCCACCACGCUCGUCGAGUGCCUACACUCGUUCUGCAAAGUGUGCAUCGUGCAAUUCCUGGCCACCAGUCAUCUGUGCCCCAUCUGCGACGUUCCAGUGCACAAGACGAAGCCGCAUCAAUCCAUUCGGAUUGACGAUACCCUCCAGAAUAUUGUGUACAAGGUCGUUCCUGGACUUUACCAGAAGGAAAUGAAGAAGAGGCGUGACUUCUACGAGAAGCACACGGAGCACGACGCGCACGUGACUUGUCCCGAAGAUCGGGGAAUCGUGGACGGCUCCAGCCGGAUCAUCUUCAGCCCUGACGACACCAUCAGCCUCUCCCUGGAGUACAGCACUGGCAAGCAAGAACAGGUGGCAACAUCGGGUGAGAAGAGCAAAGGAACGUCUACCGACUCUGGAAGUGAAACGGAGGUGGUUCCGAAGCGCUUCCUCAACUGCCCGGCGGCCUUCACCAUCAGCCAUCUGCAGAAGUUCAUCCGCAUGAAGUACAGCCUGGCACCCCAGUACCAGGUCGACAUUCUUCACAUGGAUGACGUGCUAUCUCAUGAUUUUGCUUUGAUGGACGUUGCAUAUAUCUACGCUUGGAAGAGGGAUUGUCCCUUGCGCCUCUCUUUUCGGAUAUGCAAGUGUCCUCCAAAGCCUUCUGCAGUCACAGCACCUUCUGUUAACACAAGUAGCGAAGUUGAACAGACUGCUGCAAACGGAGCCAACAACCAAGAGAAAGAAAUUGUCAAACAACCAGCAGAGAACAAGCCUGCACUGCUGAAGCCUGCAGAGGAGAGUCAAGUCUCUAUGCCACCUCCUCGUGCUCCAGAACAAGUGAACAAGCCAACCACGAAGUCGCCACCUGAACCUGCUGGUGCUGUUCCCACCAGUGUGCCCCAGCCAGAGGAUCCUAAGGAACCUAUUACUACUGUUGUGCCUGCUGCUGAGCCUCCCAUCGCUACUAUCGUACCUGCUGCUGAGCAUCACGCACUGGAAACCCCUGAAAUGAAAACUACCGCAGAGGAAGAAUCUACAGCUCCAGGGAGCCCAAAGGCCAUAGCCCUGGUGCAGUCCACGUCCCCGCAGAGGCAAAAGGCAUCGGAGCCACCAGCAGAGGCUCAGUCACCACCGCCAUUGCCAAAGAUCACCAUAAGCACCCUGGACAAGAAUAGUCACAAGAUCUUGAUACACACCAAGGAGGUGCCACCAACUCUGGGUCAGGCCCUGUCGCCACCCCACAAUGGACAAGAUAGAUCACCGCCCCCUUCUGGAAAGAAGUCCAAACGUAAGGAGCAGCGUGACGUUGACAGGCACCAUCAGUCAAAGCGCAAGUCGCCUGAAAAAGUGGAGAAGCGGACGCAGUGGAGCCGGUCUCCACCGGAGGAUGGCAACCCCAAUAAAAAGCUCAAACUGGAUGGCUGCGACGAUGCUGUGGAGGUGGAUGCUGUGUGCAGAAAGUCCAUCAGCUCUCCUCUACAGAGAUCUGAGGCGGCGCAUCUCUCCCAGAACCAGCCAAGCACAACAUGCCAAAGGCUGUGCCCAGCCCGAGGAAGCCACCGCCACCACCCCCUGCCCACCCUAGGACCCCUCCUUGCACCUCGCUGCCCCCAAACCUGCCACGCAGUGAUGAAGACACACGGCCACUUGAUCUGUCAGUAUCCCAUCGUGGUGCCACUGCUGCCAUUCCCCAAGAGCCACCUCGACGUCCAAGAGGCAGGCCUCCCCUUCCUCUGCCCUCAGUCAUGCAACCCCUGCCGCUAGUGGCCAAGCGGCCUUCCCCUCCUCCGACAACGGCGUACAGUCCUACCUCUGCGCCUCUCUUCCACAAGCUGCCAGCCGCACAGCCAUCUUCUUCUUCGUCACACCAUCACCACCACCAUCAUCAUCG